CGUCACGAGCGCCGCCCCGUUGAACCAACCCGCAGUCGCCCGCCGCAGAUGCGUCCCCUCCUCGCCCUCGCCGUAUGCGCCCUCCUCGCGGCGGGCGCGGCCGCCGCGGCCGUGGAGCAGGCCAACACGACCAACAAGUUCCGCCAGCGCGAGGCCAGCGACGACAUGCUCGGAUACCCCCACCUCGACGAAGAUGCAUUAUUGAAUACCAAGUGUCCGAAACAUGUGGAGCUGAGAUGGCAGACUGAAGUUAGUUCCAGCAUUUAUGCAAGCCCAUUGAUUGCCGAUAUCAACAGUGAUGGGAAGUUGGAAGUAGUGGUGCCAUCAUUUGUCCAUUACUUAGAAGUGCUUGAAGGCUCAGAUGGAGACAAACUACCAGGAUGGCCUGCUUUUCACCAAUCAAAUGUGCAUUCAAGUCCUCUUCUAUAUGAUAUUGACAAGGAUGGCACACGGGAAAUAGUUUUGGCUACUUACAACGGUGUAGUGAACUUCUUCAGGAUAUCAGGUUAUCUGAUGAUGGACAAGCUAGAGGUACCUCGAAGAAAAGUACAUAAAGAUUGGCAUGUUGGACUAAAUCCAGAUCCAGUUGACCGUUCCCAUCCGGAUGUUCAUGAUAGUUCAAUUGUGAAUAAAGCUGCUUCUGAGGAAUCUCACACAAACAUUCAGGAAAAAGCGGUUGCUGAUGAAUCUUCUAAGGAACCCCAGCCACGAGGUGCAACCAAGACAACAACACAGGGAGUUGAUUCUACCAUUGGAAAAGAAAAUAUGGAGUUGCCAAAUAAUCCGAACACCACUGUUGCUGGGAGCAUCUCCAGUACAAAUACCACGACCGAGAGUGGUUCACAUGCUCAGAGAAGGUUGCUUCAAACAGCAGAUAAAAGUGAUGAUCAAACAGGAAGUGCAGAAACUCAUGGAAAUGAUGCGGGAACAACAGGAGAAGCAACUGCCGAAAAUAGCGAGCCCUUAGAGGAUGAUGCUAAUGCAUCUUUUGAUUUAUUUAAGGAUGCAGAGGAUCUCCCUGAUGAGUACAACUAUGAUUAUGAUGAUUAUGUUGAUGAAUCCAUGUGGGGAGACGAGGACUGGACUGAACAUGAGCAUGAGAAAGCGGAAGAUUACGUGAGCAUCGAUGCUCACAUCUUGUCAACACCAGUUAUUGCAGACAUUGAUAGCGAUGGUGUACAGGAAAUGAUUAUUGCUGUAUCCUACUUCUUUGACCGCGAGUAUUAUGACAACCCAGAGCAUAUAAAAGAGCUAGGAGGAAUUGAUAUUGGAAAAUAUAUAGCAAGCGGUAUCGUUGUUUUUAACCUUGACACAAAACAAGUUAAAUGGACUGCAGACCUUGAUUUGAGUACCGAAAAUGGGAACUUCCGUGCUCAUGCAUAUUCAUCUCCAACUGUGGUUGAUUUGGAUGGUGAUGGAAAUUUGGACAUCCUUGUUGGAACUUCCUAUGGCUUAUUUUAUGUCAUCGAUCAUCGCGGCAAGAUUAGGAAAAAUUUCCCACUUGAGAUGGCUGAGAUCCAUGCACCAGUCAUUGCAGCAGACAUCAACGAUGAUGGGAAAAUCGAGAUGGUCACUGCUGAUGUGCAUGGAAAUGUAGCAGCUUGGACUGCAGAGGGAGAAGAAAUCUGGGAGGUGCAUCUUAAGAGCCUUGUUCCACAGCGACCUACUGUCGGGGACGUCAAUGGAGACGGCCACACUGAUGUUGUGGUUCCGACUGUAUCAGGAAACAUCUAUGUUCUCAGUGGAAAGGAUGGCUCGAAAAUUCAGCCUUUCCCAUAUAGAGCACAUGGAAGGAUCAUGAGUCCUGUUCUGUUACUUGACAUGAGCAAACGCGGAGAAAAGACCCAAGGACUAACUCUUGCUACUACGUCCUUUGAUGGUUAUUUGUAUUUGAUCGAGGGCUCUAGUGGCUGUGCAGAUGUUGUUGACAUUGGAGAGACCUCGUACACUAUGGUUCUGGCAGACAAUGUGGAUGGCGGAGAUGACCUUGAUCUUAUUGUUACUACCAUGAACGGCAAUGUCUUUUGCUUUUCUACUCAAUCACCACACCAUCCGCUCAAGGAAUGGAGAUCAUCAAACCAAGGAAGGAACAAUGCUGCGUAUAGAUAUAACCGUCAAGGUGUAUAUGUUAAGCAUGGUUCAAGGACAUUCCGUGACGAAGAGGGCAAGCAUUUCUGGGUAGAGUUUGAGAUUGUAGACAAGUACAGGGUUCCCUAUGGGAAUCAAGCUCCUUACAACGUGACGGUAACUUUGCUUGUCCCAGGGAAUUACCAGGGAGAUAGGCACAUUACGGUCAGCCAAGUAUACAACGAACCAGGACAUAAACGGAUGCAGCUUCCCACCGUCCCUGUCAGAACCACAGGAACUGUGCUGGUAGAGAUGGUUGACAAGCAUGGGCUCCAUUUCUCUGACGAGUACUCACUUACCUUCCACAUGCAUUACUUCAAGCUGCUGAAAUGGCUCGUUGUUCUGCCGAUGCUCGGGAUGUUCUGCGUACUCGUCAUCUUGCGGCCCCAAGAAGGCGCACCGCUGCCAUCAUUCUCACGGAACAUCGAUUAGUGGCUCCUGUGUCAAUGCAGACCAAGAUAUCGAUCCGGAUCUCCCAUGAUGGGCCCUCUGCGCACCAUUACACACCUACACACCGGGGAGCUCAGCCUGCACUUGAAAUGGAAAUUCCAGUCUGCUAAUCCCCACCAGUUAACAAAUCCGGCAAUAUAGUUAUACAGCUUAGAAAAACGUUGAGUUUUGUAAAAGAGUUUUGUAACACACUUGAAUUAGUAUUUAUAACUGAUGAUGUGUCAUGCUGUCCAUCUGAGCUCAUUUUGACCA